AUGUCUAAUAUCUAUGAUAAUUGGGAAAGACUUGUGGAAGUUGUUCUCCGUAGGGAACAACUCAGGCAACUUGCUUAUAUUUCCUCGAGGGAACCAAGUUCCUGCUCUGAAUCCCCUAGUUUAUCUGGGUGGAGUACUCUGAUUGACGAUGAUCAGAAUAUUCAACUUGGAUCUUCUUCUUCAAGUGCAGUAGAUGAACCAGAUUGGGAGGGAUUGUUGCCGCAUGAUUAUAAGGGCAUCAUCUCCAGAUCAGUGAAUCCUGUGGCCUAUGCGACCAAGGAAGAGCUGUAUACGAGUCUUUGUAGCUCUCCUAUCUUACUUGAUGGAGGCAAAAUGGUAUGUUUAUCCUUAAUUAUUAUGUUUAGAUGA